AUGAACAAGCUUCUUGAUCAGCCCUGCUCACAUUCAAGAGUUCAAAAGUCACUAUUUUUGGCCUUUCUCAUACUCCUUCCCGCCAUAGUUUCCGGUGAGUGUACAUGUGAUGCUGAAGAAGGAGGUCAUAACAAGAGAAAAGCACUUAUAUACAAACUGAUCGCCAUAGCCACAAUCCUUGUAGCCGGUGCAAUCGGUGUGUGUCUUCCAGUAUUGAGCAAGACCAUACCAAGUUUAAGUCCCGAUAGGGAUUUAUUUUUCGUCAUCAAAGCUUUUGCAGCGGGUGUCAUUCUAGCAACUGGGUUUAUACACGUGCUUCCUGAUGCUUUUGAUCACUUGACAUCGCCGUGUUUGAAUGCGAAUCCAUGGCAGAACUUUCCGUUUACAGGGUUCGUGGCCAUGGUAUCGGCAAUGGGUACUCUUAUGGUUGAUACCUAUGCUACUUCUUACUACAAGAAAUCACACUUGAACAAAGCAAGGCCCGAUGAAGAGAUGGUAGUUGAUGGGCAUGAUGAUGGUCAUGUUCAUGUUCACACGCAUGCCACAAAUGGUCAUGCCCAUGGAUCGGUACUCUCUGAAGGGGAUUCGGAUUCAUCUGAACUACUUCGUCAUCGUGUUAUAUCACAGGUUUUGGAAUUGGGAAUUAUAGUCCACUCUGUAAUUAUUGGAAUUUCCCUGGGUGCUUCUGAAACUCCAAAAACCAUAAGGCCUCUUGUGGCUGCCUUGACAUUUCAUCAAUUUUUUGAGGGCAUGGGACUUGGUGGAUGCAUAGCUCAGGCAAAAUUCAAAUCUCGGGCCAUUGCGAUAAUGGUGGUGUUCUUCUCUCUAACAACCCCAAUUGGUAUCGUAAUCGGCAUCGGAAUAACAAACAUUUACAAGGAGAACAGCCCAACUGCUCUGAUCGUUGAGGGGGUUUUAAACGCAGCAUCAGCAGGGAUAUUGAUCUAUAUGGCACUUGUGGAUCUUCUCUCAGCUGAUUUUAUGAACCCAAGAAUGCAGAACAAUGGAAAGCUUCAAUUUCAGGCUAAUGUUUCCCUCCUCUUUGGUGCAGGUUUCAUGUCUCUCUUGGCCAAAUGGGCUUGA